AUGACAGCAGCAGCAGUAAAAUGGGUGAUAUCUAAAAGAUCUAUCAUGAAACAUUUAUUUCCAAUCCAAAAUGGAGCUUUUUAUUGUGUUUGUCAUAAAUCUAUGUUUUCUUCUCUUCCAGAUGACUAUAAUUGUAAAGUAGAGCUUGCUUUGACAUCUGAUGGCAGGACAACAGUAUGCUACCACCCUUCUGUGGACAUUCCAUAUGAACACACAAAACAUAUCCCUCGACCAGAUCCUGUGCAUAAUAAUGAAGAAACAUAUGAUCAAGGGCUGAAUACCAUAUUAGAAGAAAAAGGUGAACAUCCCUUGAUAGAACAACUUAGCAAAAUGUUCUUUACUACUAAGCACAAUUGGUAUCCUCGUGGACAGUACCACAGAUGUUGUAUAAAACUGGAUCCUCCAAAAGACAUAUGA